AUGACUGUAGAAAAACGGCUGGAGGGCGUCGAGGUGGGCCAUGGUCAGGUUCCACCGACGUCACUGGAUCCUUGGUCGCAGCUACUUAUCCUUGAUUCAGGUGCUGGAAACCCAUCAAAAGUUAACAGAAAGAGGGCUAGACCUGGUGAAAGUUGUAGACCACGGCCCAGGGACAGACAGCUGAUCCAAGAUCGCGUCAAGGAACUACGAGAGAUUGUGCCCAAUGGGUCCAAGUGCAGCAUCGAUGCAUUAUUGGAGCGCACAAUCAAGCACAUGAUCUUUCUACAAAGUGUUACUAGCCAUGCCGACAAGUCAAAGAGAUGUGCAGAUUCAAAGCUUUGUGGCAACGGAAGUCAUUUAGUACGGACCUGCAGUCAAGACCGUGGUGCAAGCUGGGCUCUAGAGGUGGGAAGCCAGUUCAAAGCUUCCCCUAUAAUAGUGGAAAAUCUAAACAUGAAUGGGCAGAUGCUAGUUGAGAUGUUGUGCGAGGAUUGCAGCCUUUUUCUUGAGAUAGCUGAGGUAAUUAGAGGCUUGGGUUUUACCAUCUUAAAAGGUGUAACAGAAUCCCGUGAGGAGAAGACAUGGGCAUGCUUUGUUGUUGAGGGAAGGGGAAAUGAUGGCUUGCAGAGGAUGGAUAUAUUGUGGUCACUCAUGCAGUUGCAACAAUCAAAGACGAGCAUCUGAUGGGGCUCCUGGUGGCUACAAGCAUGUGCCCUCUAUUAAAUGCUCUGAGUCGGCUUAUUAGUCCUGACCAUAAUCGGCAUUUCAGGCUCAUGCAU